UACCAGGCAGACAGCCUUUCCAACAUGGCGGCGUCAAGCAACGCAGAGCAAACGCAGUUGCAAGACAUGGAGGAGGAAGAUGCAGGGAUGGAGGAGAGAGAGAUGGAAUCGGAUGAAGAGGAGGAGGAGGAGGAAGGCAUGGGAGUAGAGAAUUCAGACGACGAAGAGGACGACUCGUCGGAGGACGAGAAGGAAAAUGAAGCGGAAAUCCAACGGUUGGAAGAGCAGCUGUCGAUCAACGCUUUCGACUACAACUGCCAUGUGGAUCUUAUCAAACUCCUCAAGCAGGAAGGAGAACUCCUCCGUCUGCGAAAGGCAAGGCAGAAGAUGAGUGAACUUUUCCCUCUCACUGAAGAGAUCUGGCUGGAUUGGCUCAAGGAUGAGAUCCGUCUCACCGAGGAGGAGCCGAACCGAGAGAAAGUAUACGAGCUCUUUGAGAGGGCUAUCAAAGACUACAUCUGUCCGGAGAUCUGGCUUGAAUAUGCACAGUAUUCAAUUGGUGGCAUGGGCUCGCCAGGUGGCAUAGACAAGGUGAGAGCCAUCUUUGAGAGAGCGGUGACAGCUGUGGGGCUUCACAUGACCAAGGGACAGACGGUGUGGGAGGCGUACAGAGAGUUUGAGAAUGCCAUUCUGUCCACAGUGCAGCCUCCUCCUGGCAGGAUUCCCACCCGCGAGGAGCAGGAGCUGUUGAAAACUCAGCUGGAGCGAAUCCAUACUUUGUUUCGCCGCCAGCUGGCCAUCCCUUUAAUGGACAUGGAAGCCACCUAUGCAGAGUAUGAGGAGUGGUCUGAACAUGGGGUAGCAGAGACAGUCAAACAUCAGUACAAAAAGGCUUUGCAGCAAUUGGAGAAGUGCAAAUCCUUUGAGGAGUCUCUGCUUGUAGCAGAAACUCCAAAGCUGUCAGAAUACCAGGCCUACAUCGAAUUUGAACUGAAGGAGGGCGACCCAGCACGGAUCCAGAUAACCUUUGAGCGGGCCUUGGCAGAGAACUGCUUGGUACCGGACAUGUGGACGAAAUACAACACGUAUCUUGAUCGUCAGCUGAAGAUCAAAGACCUGGUUAUCUCCACUCACGAACGCGCCGUGAGGAACUGCCCCUGGACAAUGGGUCUGUGGAAGAGCUACCUGUUGGCUCUGGAGAGACAUGGAGCUGACCAUCAGACUGUGUCAGACGUUUUCGAGAAGGCGCUGAAUGCAGGUUUCAUUCAAGCGACAGAUUAUGUGGAGAUUUGGCAGGCGUACCUCGACUACCUUAGGAGACGUGUGGAUUUCAGUAAAGAGUCAAGUAAAGAGUUAGAGGAGUUACGAGGAGCCUUCUCUCGAUCUCUAGACUACAUGAAGCAAGAUGUCGAAGAGCGGUUUGGUGAAAGUGGAGACCCGUCCUGUAUCAUAAUGCAGAUCUGGGCAAGGAUAGAGGCCCUCCACUGCAAGAACAUACAAAAAGCCAGAGAGCUGUGGGAUAAUAUCAUGACGAAAGGGAACGCCAAAUUCGCCAACAUGUGGCUGGAAUACUAUAACCUUGAAAGGGCUUAUGGGGACCCUGUUCACUGUCGUAAAGCUCUACACCGAGCAGUCCAGUGCACCUCAGACUACCCAGAGCAUGUGUGUGAAGUCCUGCUCACCUUUGAGAGGGUGGAAGGUUCUCUGGAGGACUGGGACGUGGCAGUGCAGAAGACGGAGACCCGACUGAACAGGGUCAAUGAGCAACGAGCUAAGGUGGCUGAGAAAGAGGCCAACCUCGCUCGCCAAGAGGAGGACAGAGCCGAGCAGCGGCGGAAGGCCAAGUCAGAGAAGAAGACUCAGAAGAAGUUCCAGCACGGGAGUCGAGCCGGAGAGAAGAGGAAAGCGGAGCAGGAUGAUUAUCAAGAUGAAUGGAAUGAGGAUUCAGCCACAAAAAGGCCCAGAGGAAAUGGUGACCACACCACCGAUGAGUACAUGGAGACAGAGACUGGACUGCAUGGGAGGAACGCUCCUCCUGGAUUCAAGCCUGGCAACAAAAAAGCCCCCGUCCAGAGGCCGGAUGACGACAAGCCAGAGCUCCGCAACGACAACACCAGCGUGUUCGUCAGUAACCUGGCGUACACGCUGGAGGAGCCGGAGGAAAAGCUCAGGACGCUGUUUGAGACCUGUGGUCCAGUCAAACAGAUUCGCCCCAUCUUCAGCAACAAAGGAACCUUCAAAGGCUACGGCUACGUACAGUUUGAAUCCCUGGUGUCGGUCAAUGAAGCCCUGAAGCUGGACAGACGGGAGGUGGAGGGCAGGCCCAUGUUUGUGUCGCCUUGCGUCGACAAGAACAAAAAUCCUGACUUUAAGGUGUUUAAAUACAACACUUCAAUGGAGAAACACAAAAUCUUCAUCUCUGGGCUGCCAUUCUCAUGCACUAAAGAACAGCUGGAGGAAAUCUGCAAAGACCACGGCACCAUCAAGGAGGUCCGCCUGGUCACAUACCGCUCAGGAAAACCCAAGGGUUUGGCGUAUGUUGAGUUUGCAGACGAGUCCCAGGCCUCUCAGGCAGUUCUCAAACUGGACGGCAUAGAAGUGGAGGGCAACAAAAUCUCCGUGGCUAUAAGCAACCCUCCCCGCAGAAGCGCCGUGGACAAACCGCUUGACAUGAUGCCUCGUCAGACCUUCGGAUCGAGGGGCAGAGGGCGCACCCAGCUGUCCUUACUUCCUCGUUCCCUGCACCGACAAAAUCCUCCUGGAAGCAAAGUGGAAAACGGUACCGGAGCCGGGACGGCGGCGGCGGCGGAGAACUCGUCCGGAGAGACGAAACCUUUGUCAAAUUCAGACUUUGCCAAGAUGCUUCUUAAUAAGUGACGACAGCCACGAGGGAAUUCUGACCGCCUUCACACUGAAAGCCAUCUUGUGUCCUUAUGAAGUAGUGUUGGUGAUUUUCCGUAAAUUGGUUACCUGAUGGUUCCCUUUAACCUCAGCCAUGCUCUCAUCAUCCAUCCUGCGAGGUUGCCUUAAUCGUCGAGCUCCUGCCCUCCAUCGCCACCAACGUUACUCUUUUCCCUCUCAGUGUGACAGAUUGUUUUUGUGUGUUUGACGGCCAGGUUGUUUUUAUAAAGAAAAAAAAAAAAGAAGUGUAUCAUAUUUGUGUGUAAAUAUACUGUAAAAUUGUACGCCUCAUGUUGCAAAGUCUCUCUUUUUUUCCUUUUUAUUUUGUCGUGCACCAUUUGAGGGAUAUGACAGAAAUAAAUGGUAGAGUAUUUUUUUUAAAUAUUCAAAACGGCCAAACUUGUGAAUGUUGUUUUAAAAGGGUAUAUGCAAAAGUUCAGAGAUGGUGUAAUAUAGUCGGUGUGUGUGUGUGCGUGUGUGCGCGCAAAUGCGCUGGAUGUGAUGAAAAGACAUUCUCCAGAUAUUUUUAUGGAACCUUUUGUUGUGUAACCUGUGUGGACCUCUGAGGACAGCUAACAAGGCUAGCUGUGAUUAUUUCUUUCCUUUGGUAUGGUGAUGCCAAUUCAAUAUUUUUGCUUAAUUCCUUCAGUUACCAUCUGCUAUGAAUCAUCACUGCCAUAAUGCUAAGGUUGAUUGGCCUUUUGUUUUGUCUUGAGGGCAUGUUGCUACAGUAUGGAAGCUGCUCUCCUGUUUCACGGCUGACGCUUUAGUGUUCACAGAGCAGUUUUAGUGCAUCGUUGUUACUGUGAGAAGAACAUUUGUCAUUUGAUCAGCUGUGUUUAAGAUUUCAGUAUGAUUUAAGUGGGUUAAAAGAUUUAAAGGGAAAUUAACCAUAUUGAUGCUCAUGAAAAGUGCUUCAAGUUUGGUUCAUAAAAAGUGUCGUGAUGUUAAACGCUCCAGAGCUCCAAGAGUUUGUCCAUCAACAGCGACUAAUCUGAUAUUUAAUGUUGAAGCAAAACAUUUCAAGUAUGUUCUCUUUCUAUCUGAAAGCAUCUGAAAUCUUUUCCUUUUCUUAGUUCAUUGGAUGUGUUCUGGUUUAACAAUACACGGAAACAUUUGAACCCUUAGGGCUCAUUAAGCAUUCGUAUAGUUUCUUAGACUAGUUAAUAGAAGAAAAAAAAUCCUCCAAUAAGCCGAUUUCUUACUUAUGGCUCUCUGGUGAUAAGAAUAUUACAUUUUUUAUUUAGUUUAAAAUGUGAAUAGAACAUAAAUAGAUGUGUACAGUAAAGACAAGUCUGUGGAUCAUCACAGACAAAAACCCAAGUAGUUUUUCUUCGUAGAGCUUAUUUUUCUCUCUGGAAGAGAGCUGUGUUGGUCUCUCCAGCAGUCAGAGAAAACAGGGUGUCAUCUGCAUAUUAUUAAGUUCUGCAUCUCCUUCGUCACAAGAGAAGAGAAUCUAUGCAGUUUUGCCAUUCCCGUUUUUCCUGUGUGAUGAAUCGAUGAGUUCUCCGACCGCUCUACAUCUUGUUUGGAUGUUAGUGAUUCUCUGUAAAUAACGUUCAACACACAUUUCCAAAAGGUCACCACAGUUUGUUAUAAAUAUACAUUUUCAAAACAGAUGGAAUAUAAGAUGUAUUGCUCUCACCACAGUGGCCUAAUCUUAAAAAAAAAGUAAAAAGAAGAAAAGAUCUAGAUAUGUUGGUGUGUAGAACUUGCAGGUUUAUGUUUGAUUAUAAAAGGUUGUGUGCAUUGCUGUUUUGUAUAAUUUCUAUAGUCAAUGUUUUCAAUUUGGAAUAGAGGUAAAUAAUAAAAUGCUAUUUUUGUUCAAUCUGAGUAUUUAUUUUCCUGCUUUUGAUUACCUCCCCCUUUUCACCCUUGUCUUUUUGGGUCCUGUAAAAUAAAAAUUAAAAGACA